AUAAUGUUCACGUUGCGUGGCCAGUUUGGGGAGGCAGCCCAGCAGCUGCUGUGGCUUUAAGCCGAUGGGUUGUACUCAUAACGUCAUUACAGUCCUCUCUCUCUCUUGUAUGCCUCGCCUCCCUCCUCUCCUUCCGUCUCUAAAUGACAGCCCGCCUGGCUCUGUUACACCCCCAGCCUAAAAAUUGUUAUUCCAAACUUACUCUGGCUUUUUUUUUCCUGUGCACUGGGGAUUUUUACACGGCCUCAACUUUUCUGGUGUGUCAUCAUUUCUGGAGUUAACGCAGUGGAGUCAUCCAAGGCAACCAGAGCUCUCUCAUAUCUAGAUUUCUCAAAAACCCAGUUAAACGGCCCAGGAAAUUCAGUCUGUAACCUACUGAUACCGCUGAGGAACUGAGCCAGUGGAGAAGAAGCACUAUUUGAUUCUGCCAGCCCCACUGAAGGAACUGUGGAAAUUGAAUUCUUCACUCGAGGAAUAUUUUGUGCUAAAGUAAAGCCUGGUUUUAUUCUGCUCAUUCUCGUCAGUAUGAUGUUUUCUCAUCUCUCUCUGUCCCAGGAUGAGUUUCAUCCGUUCAUUGAGGCCCUGCUGCCCCAGGUCCGUGCCUUCGCCUACACCUGGUUCAACCUCCAGGCCAGAAAAAGGAAAUACUUCAAAAAACAUGAGAAAAGGAUGACUAAAGAAGAGGAGAGAGCUGUCAAAGAUGAACUCCUUGGGGAGAAAGCAGAGGUGAAACAGAAGUGGGCCAGCCGUCUUUUGGCCAAGCUACGAAAGGACAUCAGACCUGAAUGCAGAGAAGACUUUGUCCUGUCGAUCACAGGGAAGAAGGCAGCUUGCUGUGUCCUAUCGAAUCCUGAUCAGAAAGGCAAGAUGAGACGCAUUGACUGUCUCCGACAAGCUGACAAGGUGUGGAGGUUAGACCUGGUGAUGGUUAUCCUGUUUAAAGGAAUCCCAUUGGAAAGCACAGAUGGAGAGCGGCUGGUGAAAGGAGGCCAGUGCUCCAACCCCGUCCUCUGUGUCCAGCCUCAACACAUCUCUGUCUCCGUCAAAGAGCUGGACCUCUACCUGGCUUACUAUGUACAAGAGAGAGAGGCAGAGCAGAGCAGCAGUCCUGGUCGUACAGGAGUGGGAUCUGAUCAAGAGGAUAGCCGAACUGCCACCAUGGAUGGUCCAGAGUUCCAGGAGAGUUUUGUGACGUCAGGAGUUUUCAACGUCAAUGAGCUCGUCCAGGUCUCUAGAACACCAGUGGUAACAGGAGUCGGUCCUAGUUUCUCUCUGGGGGAGCUACAGGGUCAUCUGGCCUAUGACCUCAACCAGUCUGUCAACCAACCAGUCAGCCUCAGACGAUCACUAGCCAGCACCUCAUCCAGCGGGAGUAAGCGCCAUAAGUCUGGCUCUAUGGAGGAGGAGGCCGACAGCCCAGGAGGGGAGUAUUACCCCUCACCUUCCUCCCCCGCCAGCAGCUCCAGGAAUUGGACUGAUGAUAUGGAAGGAGGUCUGUCUCCUCCAGUGAAGAAGGCAGAACUGGACAGUCCCUCUCCCCAAGAAGACUCACCAAGAAUGGGCUCCUUCACUCAACACCACCGGCCUGUCAUUGCUGUCCACAGUGGCCUGUCUCGCAGUCCACACCCCUCUUCAUCUCUUCAUUUUCCCUCCUCCUCCUACUUCCCCCAUGGAGCGAUCCGCUAUCCUCCUCACCUCACCCAGGACCCCCUUAAAGACCUGGUGUCAUUGGCCUGUGACCCCGCCAAUCAAACCCCCAGCUCACUGAAUGGCAGCAACCAGGUAAAAGUGCCAAGUCAUUACAUCUCCUCUCAGAUGUUGGCACCCCCUGGCCCAGCACCCUCCCUGGCACCACCCCCCUCCUCCUUGCCCAGGCUGACACUGCCUGCAGACUCCAAGGCCAGCACCACCUCCUCUGACGGGGGGGCAAAGUCCCCCACAUCACCUACUUACUCAGCCCCUGGGACCCCCCCUGCCAACCGUUCCUCCUUCAUUGGUGUCACAACCCGAGACCCCAGUGGACUCUACCAGACCCAGUCCUGGUACCUGGGCAACUGAGUGAACUUUGGAGCAGAGGUCAUUACCAUGGCAACACAGUGUCCUGGAGGGCAGGCAACAGUGCUAUCAAGAUGAUGCAAGACGAGAAAUAUACUCAACUAUGUAGAAGUAUAAUAUGUUGUUAUACAUAUAUAUAAAUAUAUAUUCGAAUAUAUUUAUAUAUGUGUGUGUACCUAGAAGCGGCCUUUGGAUGGAGAAAGACAGAGGGAGGGAUGCUGCUUUCACAUCACUUUGCAGCCCCUAAAUUAACUAAAUUGCCAAGAGGGACACAAAAUAGCUGCCAUGAAAUGGCCACCAGUGUGAGUUAUGAUGUUCAAGUGAAGGCAAAGAACUGAAGCAAAUGUCUGAAUGGUCCAGAUAAACUGCUGGCCAGAUCCAGGCCUUAACCCUUCAGAGCCUAAGAAGCUUCUAGCCUAAUUCUGUCUUCAGGAUGAGGUCUGUUCCCUCGGAUGGACGUCAGAAUGCAUCCCCCUCUUCUCCUCAAACCCUCCCAGAAUGACACUCCACUGUCCCGGGCCUCUACUCCUUCCCCGAAACCCAGUUUGAGGUUUUAGAGGGACCCUGGGCCUCACCCCACUUUCCCACCCAGAAAUCCCCCUCUCCGCUGCAGGUGCUGCUUCUUAUAUAUGCAAAUAAGCCUCCCUUAUUUCUGAAACAGAGAGAUCCUGUUGUUAAUAUAUAAUGUUUCUUUGCACUUUUCAGUAUGUUUAUGAUGCACUUGGGGAAAUCAAAGAGUUCAAACAGCGUAGUUUUUUUCCCACGUUUCCCACCAAAAGACAGAGGCUUUCUCUUUCUUUUUUAUUGACAAUCAUCAGCCUGAGCCCAUCACAUUGCUUUGAGAGGCCCAUGUUUUUAAGAUUGUGCUUUUUUAUCAGGAAACAAUGAGUAAUGGUGGAUUGUAAGAACUACAUUCAUGCCAAAACAACACACAGUGCUACAGUUCUACACCAGCAGAGUUUGGCAGUGUUACUGAUAUCUGGACAGUGCACAGAUAUGUUGGAGGGAGGCGCUGUCUCAAGUUCAGUGAUGAGAAAGUAAUGAGGGUAGACUAAAUUUCUACAUAAAAGCUACAUCAGCAAAGACUUUCAGUGAGAGGACUUUGUGAGUGACAAGCUUCCGCAGGCCGUGAUCAGAUAGGAGGCUUUUUCAGCAAAUCCCAGUUGUGAGCAUCCCUCAUAACAGGGUGGGUGCAAUGAGCAUCACAACACUUUGUUUGUCAACAAAAUGCAAAAUAUGUUAUUAGUGUUUGCUAGGUAACCAAAGGUAAAAAAAAAAAAGGGAUUCACCUUGAAAAUUAAAUGGAUGAGAGAAAGCUAAGCCAUUCCUAAAUGGAGGAUGUGUCUUCCUAGGAGGAACAGUGACGUUUGCUCAAGAUAUAGUAGUUCAAAUGGCUUGUCCAAUUUGUGAAGCUACUCAUCAUUAAGAACAAAAAACAACUUUCUAGAAGCCCAUCGGUGCAGAAGAACUUGUAAACAUGCUGAGGAAGAUUGCUGGCAGUCAUGAUGUUGCUAAAACCAAGCCAUUCAUAAGAGCCUACUUAUCCCCCUUCAGAUGCUGUUAAUUACUUUGGUGGUGAAAAUGCACCAUUACCAAAAUGGCAUAUGCAAUCAUUUGGAAAAAAAAGUGCAUCUGCCACAAUCAAGAUACUGAAAAUAGAAAAAAAAAAAAAAGGGCACAGUUUUAUUAAAAAAGCAUCCUAUGUGAUCACACCAGCCUGACUGGGAAGCAUAUUGACACUGCUCUAGAAGAAGCUGUAAUGUUGAAAUACCAACACAGUUCUCAUGCAGAAUCUCUAGCCUGUUUGAAAUUGUAGCAUAGUGUGGCUUUGUGUUUUGUCAGAAUGUGAAUAUGGUUCCUACAUUUCCACAUUCAUCCCUGCUCUUGUCUGAAGAGACAUUUUUGUGUAGAUUGUGUUUGUGUUUUGGUGGACGCAGUGUUGGCUGUUUCCAGAGGGGUUUGUACUUGUAUCCGUAGGUAGAAGACUAUUGGAUAUAGCAGGCAUUGCACUAUGAUUUAGUAAAUUUCACUUUUUGAGCAAUGUUUUUGUAUGAUAGUGUGGCAUGUUGCCUGGCAGGUGUGCUGCAGUGUUUUUUGUUGAGGUUGUCAAUGGUUUUUGACAACAGGUUAAAUGAAUGCUGAUUUGAAUUGAGCACAAAAUUUGGGUUUCUUACCCAGCUCUAGAGUGAGUGGUGCUCUAGAAUGUGUCUCUAAUGGAUUGUGUACUGUGUAACUCAUGACCUCGACCCAACCUCCAUGACCUAUGGAGAAAUGUACCUCAAAUCUGUAGGCCACAAUUAAUGUAGGGGCGAGUUAGAGACAAAAGUAGGGCUAGGGCCAGGUUACAGAGAAUGCGAGAGUUGGGUUAGUUUGGGUCGGUUUUAUACUAAUAAAUAAAAAAAAAAGAAUAGAGCACUUAAAGCUGCAAUUUACACUAUAUGUUAUGAGCUUCAAACUGCAUUUUUUGUACCCAAGCUUGACACAAUAGUUUCCUUAUGAAAGCGUUUUGGUGGGGCAAAGCAGUGUUCCGUUAUGACAGGCUUUCACAGAGGGGCUUCAUUUACUGGUUGCUUUUGAUUCAGAAUCAUUCACGAGAAACCUGAAGUUUAACCGCGUUAGCAUUAAAAGAACACAAACCAAACAUGAAUCGCUAUCUGCAGUAAUAACAAUAUGUCAAAGCCAUAUGUUCAUGGAUUCUUGCGGACAACAGGCCAAGGGACAGCCACACCGCAGGCUGUGUGUGUGCAGCCUGAUGGACGUCCUUUGGCAGACGGAAGAUUGAAACAGAAUGAAAUUAUACAACACACCACCAUGUGUAUUGCAUGUAUCAACCAGGAAAGUCCAACAGAUGUGCAAAAGUUAGAGCAUUUUAUGAUUCUGGCAUUUUUAACGUGUUCAUUUGGUUUCAAGUCCGGAUAAAGAGAGUUAUGCUGUACGCUCAAGAACACAGAGAACACACAGUAGUUUGAUGUAAAAUGCUCAAAAUGAAUGUUAUUUAUGAGGACUCGUGUUUGAUACCUGAUGCCAUGUUUUAAGGCUUUGUCACUGUAAAGCAAUCUAAUGUUGUUUGUUUCUUAGGCUGGCAUGCAUUUCAGUGAGUAGUGUUUCCUGUGUUCGAGUGAGGUUUGUAUUUCUUUGAACAGUUUCCUUUUUUAACGGGGUCGGGUUAAAGGUGCCAAUCCCUACCAGGGGUUCGAUUUUCGUACUGAAGAUCCUGUUGUGUGAGCUGUGUUUGGUUAGGGUGUGGGUUAAGGUUUGGUUAAAGUUAGCUGAAAGCUGAUGUAUACUGCAUGGUGCUGCUCUGGUCGCUGUGCUGACCUAAUGAAUGCAUGGCUCAACCCGACAAUACCUCUCCCUCCCUACUUUGCUCCGUCUCCUCCUAGUGCUCCUCCUCCUUUUCCUUCCCCUGUUCCACAGAGAGAGGAAGAGGAGCAGAGGGCGCUAUAUGGAAUGGUUGUUCCUCCUAAAUCUACUUCCUUGGAUUUUAAUAAUACCCCUCUUGUUAAACUCCUAUUUUGCACGAUAUUUCAUAAAACACAUUAUGUGCCUUGCCUUUAGUUAAAGAAAAAUAAUACAUUAUGGGAAAAAGAUUUUCUUUUUUGUGGUACAACUGGUAGCACUUCAAAAAUACAAAAAAAUGCUGCAUGUGUGACUGCUUGGCAUUACUCUGUGUAGCUGAUAGACAGUUUUACGUUAAGAGUCUGUUUACAGAGAUACUAGAAAUAUCAGUUCAUAGAAAUACAAGCUUCAGAUUCAGCCCCAUGAGAGCUUUCAUCACGCUCCACACGUCUGUCCAGAGUUGAUUGUUCAGAAAUGAUAAUUUGGAGUUGCCAAGUGUUGAUUGAAGAGUUGUUUGUCCACUCACUGAGCUGACAGGGCUCUCAGGCCACUGGUCAAAAAUGAAUGAACUCAGAUGAGUCUGGACUAAGAGAGACACUAUUAGAGUGUUGAUUUUUACAUUCUUAGAUUUAAAUGAACACUGACGCUUUGAGUGUCAUGUCAGCACAUCACGCAUUUAGUUGUGUUGUGUUAUAACAAGGAGCGAGUUGUCCCAAAGUACGCACACUUAUGUGCUGGAAAUGAAACACUAUUUUAGGAGUGUAGUUACACCUGCCUUGGGUCUGACAGUGGCACUUUGGUAAGUUACAAAAGAAAGUAAAUGCAAAAAACACUGACUAUGAAGUAACUUUGCACUACCAUGGUGGUGAUUCCAGAUGGAAUGUUCACAAUAUAACAUGAAAAAAAGCCAUUCUCAGAGUGUCUGGUUAGCCCUGUCUAAGCUCUGUUUCCAGCAUUAAAUCAGUGCAAACACAUAUUUGUGUUUAUUGUGGGAAAAGUCAUAUGUGAUAUUGUGAAUAUUUUGUCUGGUGCUCAGUUAUGACCAUGUUUAUGUGCUAACAUUUAGUUCCCUUGAGGUCGUGGCCAAGCCACUCAAUCUGAAUUCCAUCAAAUGGAAACAUGUUAAUGUUUUAAGGUUUAGGAUUAAGUGUAGGGUGAAGUCUGUCAGCUACUGGUGGGCUUCAAGGUUCUGCAGCUCUCAAAGACCAGCAGGACCCCGUCCAUUUCGUUUGUUAGAUGUGAGUGACCAUGUGACAGGAAAUUUUAAAAAGAACAUAGGUGAUUUUUCAGUUUCAUACUGAUGCAUGCACUAAACACUAUCCCUAUUCAACAACUACUUUAAGAUUAUUUAGUUAAUUCUUUAGCUGUUAUGUUGGUAUUAUGUUGCUUGUAGAAUUUUCACAGUUUUUGAUAAGAUAGUGUGUAUAAUAAUAUGUACAAUAUAGACUUAUCUAUUAUAAAGAAACGAUAAAUGUGUAUAAAAUCUUUAAGUUUGAUCAUGUUUGUGUUAUAGUUUGGCUUCCUUAAGCCAGUGGCUAAGCCACGAAAUAAAGGAUCCAUGUGAAUGGAUAUAGCUAGGUUGGUUAACAGUUUAGCCAUGUGAAUGAUUAUGGGGGAAAGAUGAUAGACGAGAGGUGGCCAGGUGAAGACAAAGUUGGGCUUAGUUAAGCAGAGCUGUGUGUUUGCUGAAGAAUGACAGCAUUUUAAAAUUAAGUUGGUUUCAGGACUGUUUGUCAUUGGUAGCCAGAGCCAUGGAAACAGAGAGUUUGGCCAGGUUGUUAUUUGAAUAUCGUAUUGCUGCUCCUACUUUAAAUCAGAAAUUUUGUCUGGAACAACGAUCUACAAAAUAUGAUCAUGGUUAGCUGCCCAAGAUUUAAAAAAUCAGAGUGUUUGAGGCACCUGUUACAUGACUUCAGGCAUGGGGGUCUGUGGUGCUCAUGUGGUUCCCACUGAGAACUCUCUUAAUCAGUGGCUCGGCCAGCAACCAUUCACUCAGACCAGGACAAGACUGUUUCUUGACGUCUGUUAAAAUGAGAAAGGAGGGUGUAAGCAUGUGAUGAAAAAAGGCUGUGGUUAAUGAUGAAUUAUAAUAUGACAAUGAUUAGUUGUUGGUUGACUCAGCAUAUGCACUACAGGAAAGAAAGGGACAACAGAUAAGGAGAAAGGAAAAAAUAAUGAAGUGACAGAACACAGAAGAGAAAACAUAGGUAAAUGAGGAAAACUGGUUGAUCUGUCCAGUUCCACUCCAAGUGUACCGCUGACUGUCUCUUAUUGAGAACGACUCCUGCAACAGGGGGUUUGGCGGCAGUUUUAAACAUCAUGGCUGCCCCGACAUCCUGAGUGCUUUUUUCGGGCAGUUUGUCACUGAUAGUCAUAAAUGCGGUCAUCAAUAAAUUGUGUACGUCAUACUUUAGGAACCUUAUCGGCUGUCGAUGGCUCUGUCUAUAGACACAGAGAAAAAGGUGAUCAGGAUUUUUCUAGAUCUGGACCUGAAAUGAAUGAAAAAUGAAAAAUGAAUCAUACUCUAUCUAAAAAAGCCGUACCAUAUUUUACUUAGCAGUGUUUCUUCAGAGUUAAAUCAGACUAUCAAUGUACAACUUGGGUAUUAAGAGCUGUUGACCGUCAGGAGAGCAGGUUGUGAAGAAUCAUUCCUCUUCAUCUCUAAUUCUCUCUACUUUUAUUUGUCUGACCAAUACAAUCAUAACAUGAGUUUAAUGAGGGCAAGAAAAAAACUGAUAUGAAGGCAUCUAUGAGGUCUAGACAAUUAUCUGUGCUGGAUCAGCUAAAUGUUCUGCAGUUUUGUACACAAAGAGUUUUCAUUCGUCCGGGGAAUCUGCAGAGUGGGUUUUAUUAGUAGUCUGGGUAUCAGAUGAGCAGUAGCACUGAUAAAGUUACAUGUUCAAAAUGCAUGCACACUGCUCUCUUUGAACUGCUCCAUACUUAAUUGUUGUGAUUUUGUGACAAGACGUGAGACCAACUUCUUCAAUUUUGGGGGAAAUCCCAUCUCACCCCUCUGGUAACCUAAAAUGCACAUGCUAACCAGCCCUCUAAAAACUGCAAUGUAACUAUGCAGAGGUAUAAAAACUGGCUGAUAGCUACCUUGUUGACCUUUGUUUUUCUCGCAUUAAAUUGAAAAAUGAUGAAAAAAUCAGAAUUGGCUAUGGAAUGGUAGUCCAAUUCUUCUACUGUGCACAGUGGAGAAUUUUGAUUGGACAGAGAAACCUUGAGCCACCAUGUCCCCUUGGGUCAUUGGUUGCGUGACAAAAUGUAUGCCCAGGCCACUAUAUCAAAUCCACUCAAAGAGAACUCUUUCUCAGCCGUGUGACACAAGGUUAUUGUGGUGAAAUGCCACGUGACUCUAAGUAGUGACUUUAGUGAUCAGAUGCACCAGAUCGGAGCUCAGCUGUGUCCACGUGUGCAGACGUGACACUUCAACAUGACCUGCCUGAUCGGAUAGUGAUUGGAUACAUUCCCGCACAGAUAUAUGUUCACUGUAUGUAUUGAUAAAUGGUCCGGGUUAUCCCACAUGGUGUCCACACCUCAUUGAGAUCCAAACUCAAAGUGAGCCAGGCCGCCUCGGCAUGUGGUCUGGCAUCCAAAUGCAAGAUCCAGUCUCAAAGCAUACGGACUUGACAGUUAAUGCGUCCAGGCAUGAUCGGAUAACAAAAAUUGCAUUGAAAAGACAAGUAUAGCCACGGCCUCUUGCCAAAGCUUUAGUGUGUUCAGGAACCGAGAAAUUUCUCACUUCAAGGCAAAAGGGUUGAUGAGAAUAAUGUCUGCCAGAAACCAAGAGCAGUCACACUGAGAAAAUGGUCUACCUGCCUUUUCAGCUUCUCAUGCAAGCACUGUCCUCUCCUCAGGUCAAAAACCUUUCACUUUCCAGUUGACUCGGACACAUGACUUUCGCUCUCCUCAAUUAAAUUUAAACCAGCAGGCUGACAGCAUGGAAACUGAAAAUAACCAAAAAUUAUUUCAAUAAGCAGUGCCUAUCAUUUUACUGCUAGUUUAAUUUGAGUUGUUUUGUACACUAAGCUUUGCAUUACAUGUUCUCUUUAAACACCGCAUGGUCAUGUGCAACCCAGGGGCUGGUGCUCCGCGAUUAGGAUAUCCACCAGCCCUGGCCAAUAGAGAUGGGCCGUGCAGGCUCUGAAAUGACAAGCCAUAUAAACCAAAGAGUAUAAAGAAAUCUAGAGGAAAUUCUCAUAGUGGAUUCCAUUGCAAGCCCUGCUGCAUUCUGCUUCUUCAUUUGACGUUUGAUCUUGUUAGGAGGCCCAGUGUUGAUACUGCUUUCACAUCAUGUUGGAAUAACUGUGGGACUGACAUGGUAGUUCAACUCAACAACUUGGAAGUGUUGACAAAUUUGAAGCCGUCACAACAGGAGGAGAACAUAGACUUUACUGAACACAAAUGCACUUGGUGAUGAUACAUCUGAGGUCUUUUUUUUUUUCUUUUUUUUACAGCAAAUCAAAUAUUGUAACGUCUACCACAAACCAAAAAUCCAUCAAGUAGUUGUGUCCUGUCAUUUUAAGCACUGUGAUCCCAAAACAACAUACUUUGGGGGGAAAAUGCUGGUUUCAUUUGAAAAGAAUAUUAUUCUCUACCCUUGACUAAUAUUACUAGUAUUUCCCAAGUAAUAUUCCUCUGACAGCUGAAGUGAACAGUGUUUUCUAGUAUUUACCAGCUAAAAAGUGAGUUGAAUUGUAUUUUCUAGGAGUAUUUACCAGCUGAAAGCUAACAUAAAUUGCAUUAUCAAGCACUCAGCUUGUCUUUCCUACAAGACGUUAAUGCAGCAUAAGUGCCACCUUGUCAGCAGGAAUGAUGGGUUGAAAAAUCAGACCUUUUUCCCAGUGAUGUGGACACUUGCACUCUAAGAACGGUCAGUUUGCACUAAAGCACAUGGUCAAAGAUCAUUUCAAGCUACUGACUCCACGUUAACUGAUGCGCAGGUAUUCAUCAGGACAGAUUCUUGUUGUAAGAGUUCCCUCUAGAUUUUUUUACUCUGUGAUACAAACCAAGUGCUGUUCUGCUCACUGUUUGCACUGUUUGCAGAGAGGAUCACUGUUAGAAUGUUUUAAGUGCCAACAAUGCGAACAAAGUUUCUUGGAGCAUCCCUGUUGGGAUUGUUAGCAGCUAUAAUUCAGAUUGGUAGAGCAACAGAAACACUGCAAUUUUUCAGAUCAUGGAUGAAUGCUGUGUGAGGAAUAGAGGGACUAUUGGAUAUUGAAAACUAAGUGGUGGAGACGUUUUCAUAGAGGGCUCUUUUCUAUGAACAGUUUAUGUUAUUCUCUGCUCUUCUGCUCUGCCCUAUUGUUGCCUGAAAACUCUUUUAUUUUAUUUUAUUUCUUUUUUAUUUUAAUGGAAUUGGAAUUUUACAUUGUUUGUGCUAAGAUCAAUGGCUCUCGGACAGGCAAAAUGUUUUCAAACCUUUAUUCUGUAAUAUCUAAAACACAUAGCAAUCAGACAUCAAGAAUCCUUUUGUUAGUUAGUAGAGCUAUGAGGGUUCCUGUGAUAGCAAUCCCAUAUUGUUUCCUUUCUGUAUCUGUUGGUACUUUGUUUCUGCACGCUGUCCAUGUGCUGUAGACAGUCUCU